AUGUCAUCCCUGUUUGCAAGGAACACCAAGAGCUUGGUGAGAGAGCUGGGCAGGAAGGGCGAGCUGGUGCCGGUGGACAGCCUGAACAGUGCUAGGCGCCUGCAUCCUUUCUGCCUGGUGAGGAAGAAGCACAGGCAGCACCUCUGGCCUUGGGACACACCGCUCAUUCCCACGGACUUCUCCCUCCUGGAUAUACUGGACCCCUGCUGUCCGGUCCCAGAGGUGAACCGCAGCAGUCCCAUCCACAUCUGGGAGAAGGUGGCAGGAGGGGGAUCCGGAGCUGUGAGCCUGAGCACUGGGCUUCAGGGCCAGGUGACAGGGAGCACCGGGGCUACCUGCAUCUCUGCCAUGGCUGUGCAGACACUCUGGGUUUCCCCACACACCUGGGAGAAGCUGGUUGAGAAAAGGAAACUAAGAUCUCCCAGGCCCUCCUUCCUCCGGGAGCUGCAGAGUCGGAAGGAGAGGGAGAGCCUGUAUGUGGUGACUGAGGCUGUGGAGAGCCUGCAGGAUGCCACGCUUCAGAGCCAAAGCAGAGUGCAAGGAGCCGGGCAGCUGUCCCUCCUUGGGCUGGGCCAGGUUCAGGUCCAGGGGCAGAGCCACAUGGCUACAGAGAAAAUGGUGAGAAUCCCACAGGGCAGUGUCCUGGCCUACAGGGUUCUGUAGCUGGUGGUGGAGGAAGAUGGCUGGGCUGUCCUUCACCUCUCUGAUGGGAGGCUCUGCAGGGACACCAGGGGAGGCAUAGCCUUCAGCCAGGACCCAGAAGAGGAGCCUGACUUCGGGGGGCUGCAGGGCCAAGCAGGUGUCCAGGUGCAGGACUUGGCCACACUGUCCCCAAAGCUACGGGACACACUGCUGGGUACCUUCCAGGAGCUGCUCCAAGACCGUCAGACACUCCAGGUGCUGGAGGACAUGCUGGAACAGGCUAUGGAUACUGGGUUGCUGGGACAUCUAGGGGGCCCUGGAGGCUUCAUCCUAAGCAUGCUUCAGGACUCCACUGGCAACAUAUCAUCCUCACGAGGCAGGGCUAUCCUCUACAUUCUUGGAGCCCUAGCAGCACUGAGUGAUCCCCAGCACUGCCUGUUGGCCCAGUCCCUGGAGAGACAAAUCUUAUCUCAGGAACUGGAGCUGGUGUCAAGCAUCCUGGAGUCCAACUGUAAUCAGAUGGAGGGAGCAGCCUGUCCUCUGCCAACAGAAGUCCUCUGGGGCCUGCAGAAUGAGGAUGUGAUCCUAGCCCUGAGCCUGGUGCAGAGCUGUGGGCUGGAGCUGGAGGAGCCCAGCUGCCAGCUCACCUGGGACCCUGUAGUGGUGCCACAGCUCUCUGCACUCUACGGGUGCCUCACAGGCCUGCAGCUGCUGGCUAGCCCCAGCCCUGGGCUCUCCAGGACAGUGCCUGAAGAGGGACUGUCCCUACAGCCAUCUUGA